AUGAUAUAUACCUUAAAUUACUCAAUAUUCCUACUCCCGCUUCCAGCCUUGGUGCCGGUGAUUGUGCAGACCAGUCAAGCCUAUGUCUGGGCGCUUCGGCGGCGACGCAGACGUGGCCGAUCGAGCGAGGGGAAGCCGAUCACGACGCCUGGAGCCCACGAGACCGGAUCUGAGUCCGUCUUCGCGGCUCGGCAGGUCAGUCUGCAUCUGCUCGCCCGUGACCAGUCGCUGUUGCUCUACCGCCUGCUCGUCUGCCUGGCCAGCUUCGUCGUGCUCGUCUUGUCUGUGCUGCCGCAACUUGUCCAAUUGUUGGUUGUCCACUCGACGUCCGGCAGCCGCGCAUCCGGUCGCAGCGUUGCCGUCGCCACCACGCUCGCUGCUGCUGCCUCACAGAAUCUGCCGUUGCCAUGGGGCUGGUGCCAGACGCUGGCCUAUGCCGACGUCGCAUCGCGCCUUCUCGCCACGUAUCUGGUCGUCGUGCCUCUUCUCCUGCUCGCCUGGCACAGUCUGACGCUGGGACCGUUGCGACGUGCCCAACUGGCCUCGGCCAACGUCUUUCGCGUCGUCGUUCGCUCCGGUCUCGCCAUUCUCGUCUUCGCCCUCGCCUUGCCCGUCGCCUUUGUCGGGCAGAUGUACGCCCGACGCUGCGAUCUUCACGUCGCCGCGACUGCCGAAUCCGCCAGCGUCGGCGUUGGCGUCAGCGUCGGCGUCGGCGUCGGCGUCGGCGUCGGCGUCGGCGAGCCGGUCGAGACGCGAUGCUACUGCAGUCCGGCCGGCAGUGGACACGCCAAUUGGGUGGCUUUUGAGUUGCUCGCCGCGCGUCUUCUUCCCUGCGGCCUGCUUCUGUUGCCAUGUGGUCUGCUCGUCUUCACGUUGCCGCGUCGCCAUCUCGCACUUCUGCUCGAGCCAACCCUUUUUCUUGUCUUUCUGCUGCCAAAUCUGGUCGCUGAGACUAUGCUGCAGACGAACUUGCUCGCCGGUCAGAUGAGUCGCAUCUUCAAUUCCGCUUUCGCCGACUAUCUGCUCGCUGAGGCUGAGGCUGUGGCGCCACGACGGCGAGCUGAGUUACGUCGUGAUGCGUUGAUUUUGGGAGUGCGAAAACAGUUCGCCGUCGGCCUCGCCCAGCCGCGACGCGACCAGGCGAAAGCUGAGUUGACAUUGGCCUGUUGUCGUGUGAUCGUUGAGGUUCCCGACACGAGGAUAGGCCAGCAUCAACAGCAUCAUCAACAGCAACAACAACAACAAUUGAUACAGUCGAUUUUUCCACUGUCCAGAGGGCAGGUCAGCUCGACAAAGUCUUGCAAAGCUGGAAAGGAGGCAGGUGAUGACGUGAAAAUGCACUACGCCAUCCUUCAGCGCUCGGCCACUCUCAAGCUCAAAUCGGCGCAGAUCGGAACUUUCCUGAACGGUGAAGAUAAAGAAGAGGAAUUCAAAAAAGGUGAAUUCGACUUUGAUUACAAAAGCCACGGGAAUCUUUAUUCGGGAGAAGAUAAUCGGGCCAGACCGUCUGAGCGAUCCGAGCAAGUCAUUUCCUCUUGA